AACGGCAAAUUCCUGAAGCAGCGAUACUAAAAACAUCGCUGUGCCAGCGGAAACCGCCCCCUGAAGCCAACACUUCCGGGUGAACGCCGUGACCCCGCCCCCUGACCCCCACUACUUCCUUUCCAGCGGCGGCCGCCGGAGCAGACGUGCGGAAAUGGCACCUCGUAAGGGCAAGGAGAAGAAGGAAGAACAGGUCAUCAGCUUGGGACCUCAGGUUGCUGAAGGAGAAAAUGUAUUCGGCGUCUGCCAUAUCUUUGCUUCCUUCAAUGACACUUUUGUCCACGUGACUGAUCUCUCUGGCAAGGAAACCAUCUGCCGUGUGACUGGUGGCAUGAAGGUGAAGGCUGACAGAGAUGAGUCUUCUCCCUAUGCAGCUAUGCUGGCAGCCCAGGAUGUUGCCCAGAGGUGCAAGGAGCUGGGCAUCACUGCCCUGCACAUCAAGCUGAGGGCUACUGGUGGGAAUAGGACCAAGACUCCCGGUCCUGGUGCCCAGUCAGCUCUGAGAGCUCUGGCCCGAUCUGGGAUGAAGAUUGGCCGCAUUGAGGAUGUCACCCCCAUCCCCUCUGACAGUACUCGCAGAAAGGGUGGUCGCCGUGGACGUCGUCUGUAAACAGUGCUGCACCUUUUGUCAUUAAAGCUCUCUUAUAAACAUC